GCCCCGCCCUCAGUCGCUGCAGUUCUCCUGACACGCCAGAGAAAACAGCUCUACACGGGACAGUCUGCAAGAUAAAGUCCUCUGAAACCUGCAUUAUCAACAUGAAAGCUGAGCGCCUUGUGGGAUUUUAGCUCUGUCUGCGUUUUUUCCCUCCACAAUAUGGAUUGUUGAUCCUGAUCCUGACUGCUGCAGGAGGAAGACUCACCCGGACGCUGCUUCCACAUUAGCGCUGUAAUGUAUAACACGCUACGGACGUUUUUACUAUCAAAUGCUCGGUGCUGGGAUGCCGACAGUCAGAGGUCAUAUCAGGACCUGUUUGAGAGGCUGGAUACCAAUAAAGAUGGAAAGGUGGACGUCGCUGAGUUACGCGCAGGUCUCAAAGCUAUGGGCAUAUUCCGCCAGGGUGCUGCACAGGUAAAAUCCUCUCGGGGGGCCAAAGCGGGAUACUGACAGGAGUCAAGGGCUUGGCCUGCGCGUUUUGCUCUAAAUUCCUGUGUUGUAUGGUUGUUAAGCUGCAUGCGUGUGCGUGUCUGUGUGAGUGGGUCGCGCUGCAGGAGCUAUGGAGACAAAUGAACCUUCACAUGUUUUUCUCUUGUCUGCAGAAAAUCGUGUCGUCUGGUGACCAAAACAAAGAUGGGUGUCUUGACUUCAACGAGUUCUCCAAGUAUCUGAAGGAGCACGAGAAGAAGCUGCGGCUCACAUUCAAGAGUCUGGACAGAAACAACGACGGUGAAACACUUGGCAUGAGCAUAUACUUAUUUAUAUGAACAAAACACAUAUACAAUGUCUGUGCUGAAGCCUGGCUUUGUGUGUUUUUUUUUUUCUCUUAAUCUUGUUCCAGGGCGCAUUGAUGCCUCAGAGAUCCAGCAGUCCCUUGCAGAGCUGGGAAUAGAUAUCAGUAAAGAGAAUGCCCAAAAAAUAUUACAAAGGUUUGACCUCUUUCUGUCUCCUAUGUAAUUCUCAUAUGUAUGUCUCAUAUGUAAUUUAAAAUGUGACCUGAAUUUUCAGGAGGGGGUAACUUGUACACUUAACUGGGUCACAGCCAUGCUUGUUAAAUUUAAACACAUCAUAAUGAGUGUGAAGGUUAAGAGCUUUCUGUCGUCCCCUAGUAUGGACAUUGAUGGCACCAUGAUGGUGGACUGGAACGAGUGGCGAGAACACUUCCUGUUUCACCCUGCUCACAACCUGGAAGAGAUCAUACGCUACUGGAAACACUCCACGGUACAACACACACACACGCCCGCCUAUUCCCACAUAUAUCCUUUGGGCAGAUUCUGAUGAAGCUGCAGUGGGUUGAAUCACACAUGUCCUUCAUUCCUCUUGUUUUGGAUUUAUGGAUUUUGUCUGUGGUCCAGAUUUUGGCAGCAGCUUCAAAAUACUGGACCAUCCAAAAUAAAUAGGUCAUGGUGCACCACUGUUUCCCUUAUCUUACUCUUUCACCCUUUUAUAGACUAUUAAUGUCACUUCCAAGAACAUUUCUCUAUCAGUAUUAUAAACUGCCUCUCUCAUGGCGCACAGGAGUUCAGCUUUACUCUGAGUCCUAGCAGAGACCUCAUGACAUACAGUGUACUGCAUAAGUUAUGUUCUCCUGCAGAGUACAUUAAAUUGCAGCUGCAGCAUGUUUGGCACAGACACAUUUUUGCUUUUGGGAAAACAUGGGUCAUGUUUAUCUGAAACAGCUACAGCGUGCUGGACAAGGGUCAGCCAGUUGAGUGAUUAUGAUUUCACAGUCUUAAGGAUAAGGAGCACAAAUCAUUGUUUGUUGCAGCAAACAACUCCUGCAGUUUCUUUCCUUUUCUUGUACAAGUUUUACCAAAACUCACAGCAGAAGGGAGUGUGUUUUGAUUUUAUUGUGACAACUUCCUGGCUGAAAUAUCUCAUGCAUGAUUUUGUAAACGCUUCUGGCUCUGCAGUGUACGAGUGGUAGUUUUGCAAGAUUAAAAGACGUUGAUUCAUUAAGAACAGAACUGAAAAAGAGAAGUGCUUGUAAGUUUUGAGGUUCUUUGUCACACAGGUGAACACAAAAGCAUUUUAUGACACUUGCCUUGUGCAGAAAUAAAGACAAAAUAUUCCUGAUAAGACAUGUAUUAUAUUUGUGGCUAUAAACGGACACGCCUGAGUUUAUGUGCUUAUAGCCCUUGUUUGGCAAGGACAACUAUGCAGUUAGAGAUACCUCCAAUAUGAGCAGUGACAAUAAACAAGGGGUUUGAGUAAACAUGUUUAUGUUCCUACUAGGUGCUGGACAUAGGCGACAGUCUUGCCAUUCCUGAUGAGUUUACCGAGGAGGAGAAAAGCACAGGGGGCUGGUGGAAGCAGCUUGUUGCAGGCGCUGUGGCUGGGGCUGUUUCCCGCACUGGUACAGCUCCCUUAGACAGAAUGAAAGUCUUCAUGCAGGUGAUGUAAAAAAAAAAAAAAGGAAAAGGACAAAUAAUUUUAUUUGUCUGUCAGGAUGGGUUAAUAAAUAGAUUUUCCAUCUUCCUACAUUUGCCCUGCAGGUUCAUUCUUCAAAAACCAACCGUAUAAGCCUCAUCGGGGGCUUCAAGCAGAUGAUUGUAGAGGGCGGUCUAACGUCGCUGUGGAGAGGGAAUGGCAUCAAUGUUUUAAAGAUCGCACCUGAGACAGCAAUCAAAUUCAUGGCAUAUGAACAAGUAAGCUGUUAAAUAUUCUCUUGGUGUUCCUAUUCUCAGAAUAUAAAUGAUUUGAAUAUGUUUUGGUCUCUGUUCUUUGCAGUAUAAGAAGUUGUUAACAGCAGAAGGUAAAAAAAUUGAGACACACAAGAGGUUCAUGGCUGGCUCUCUAGCUGGGGCCACAGCACAGACAGCCAUCUACCCGAUGGAGGUGAGAAGACUGUUUCAUCACACCAUCUGAAAUUUGUGGUCAGAUUGCAGUAAGACAGCAAGAACAACUCAGAUGAUACUCUCGAUCUUUCUCUCUUUAAGGUGUUGAAAACUCGACUAACACUGAGAAAAACUGGCCAGUACUCAGGGAUGUUUGACUGUGCCAAAAAGGUCUUGAGGAAGGAAGGAGUCAAGGCCUUCUAUAAGGGCUACGUCCCCAAUUUGGUGGGCAUCAUCCCCUAUGCUGGGAUAGACCUUGCUGUUUAUGAGGUAUGCAAUUUUGUAAUUCAUAACACCUCUUAAAUAAUAUUUGACAACAGCCUGCACUCUGCUAAAUUAAUCAAGUUUCUUUGCACGAUAAAUCAAUUGAACUUGGUCUGCAGGGCCCCUUAAUGUAAUAACAGAUAUGAUGAAUGGGGGCAAGUUAAACGCCAGGAGCUGAGCUGUUUCCAAUAUUCUGUUUCUCUUAUAACUUAGAGUCUGAAGAAUGCCUGGUUGUCAUACCACACCACAGAUUCGGCUAACCCUGGAGUUCUGGUGUUGGUAGGCUGUGGGACCAUCUCUAGCACUUGUGGUCAGCUGGCCAGCUAUCCACUUGCACUUGUACGCACAAGGAUGCAGGCACAAGGUAAACUCAGGCCAGUAUGACAAAACAAAACAUGAUGUGAUAACACAGUAAAUCUGGAGUAAUACAUGUUUUCGUGAUCGGAAAGAUAUCCUUUUUUUUCACAAAACUUUGAAUAAGUAUUAGAUAUUUUUUUAAUAAGUGAUGUAAGAUUUCCUGUUUCAAUUAAGUCAUCCUCUGAGAUUAAACCCUGAUUAAAGGUGCUGUCAUUUGUCAUAUAUGGACAGCAACUUCUAACAUUUUAAGAUCUAUAAUUCUGGGUAGAAAAAAAAAAUAAUUUUCCAUGCAACUUGUGACAGCAUUUUAAUGAUAGUAUCCUGAUACAGAGCGGUACAGGAAUUAACACAUCUUCUCUUACUGGUUUCUUCUCUCCAGCAUCUUUGAAUUCAUCAAACCAGCCCUCCAUGAGCAGUUUAAUGAGGAACAUAGUAGCCAAAGAUGGCUUUUUUGGACUCUACAGAGGUAUUUUACCAAACUUUAUGAAAGUUAUUCCUGCUGUCAGCAUCAGCUACGUCGUUUACGAGUACAUGAAGACCGGUCUAGGAAUCUCCAAAUGAUGCUGCAAGCAAAUGACAAACGAACACCUGACAGUGUUUGUCAGAAGUGAAAAUGGCUGAAGUAACUCUGAGAAAUCAGAUGGACUUAAAAAACACAGAGCAUGACUUCCACCAGCCGGAGCUCUUCGGAAUGAAAUCUUUAUGUAUCGCACUGAGGAUUUUUGGCAGAAGCCAAGCCAUAUAUCAUUUGUGGUGAGCAUGCUUUAAGUCUUAAACUACUGUUACAAUGAACACUUUCUAAAUGUACACACCGUCCGAACCAUUACUUGACUCAAAGAUGGGAUUGUUCAUUAAGUGAUGCAGAAAAAUUAGAUUAGAUAUAGUUCAUGACUGAUUAUUUACUUUCUCAUACUGAUUUGACCAUUUGAUGGGACAUAAAGAUGGACGAUGCAAGUCAAACUCACUCCACAGUACAAAAGUGAAACCAAAUCACAGAGUUUUGGCUGCACUGAUUUUCUCUUGUAGCUGCAGAUUUGGUAACCAGCCUCUUCUGCUAAGCAAAACACAUUCAACACACUGAUAAAACAGCAAAGGUAGCUCACACUGGCAUAGUCUAAAGCCGUGUUUAUACUUCAGCAUUGACUCUAUGCUGUUGCCACCCUGUCAAGGUCAACACUCUAUUGAGCAGUACUUCCCUGAGUGUCGGCUUGUCUGCUUUGCCCUGCAAUACUCCACUAAGAGCUCUCAGUGUGAUUUUAUUGCCAGUCUCUGGUCCUGCUAUGUAUCCUGCUUGUUAAAGCACUCUGAGUGUAUUAUCUGAGUGUAUUAUGUUGGAUAGUAUCUUAGUUAUCGCAAAGGAGAAAGGAGAGGAGAUGGCAAACCAAAUGGAUUUUACUGUGAAAAUAAAGAAAAUGCAGGAUUUACAAACCACCUGGUGGACCAAUCACAGGGUCGGCAGUUUGUAUUUUGAAGGGGUGCACAUCACACCAGCUAGGCUUCUGCAUUGGCAAGGUUUAGCAGACCGACAGUGUGCAUUACGGCAUACGCUUGAGGCUUCACAGCUUUUUGUGCUGGUGUGAAGCAGACACUCAGGUGUGUUGAAAGCUCAGUGACUCCCAUGAAGGUGUUUUACAUUUCUUAUCAUAUGUUCGCCAACAAAGAGUCAGUCUUGGUGUUCAGUCUUAAUUUUUGCACCAAUUUAUUAAUUGAAUAAAACUAGACCUCCAAGAAAAAAAUCCACAUUUGAACUGAAUUAAAUCUGUAUCAAUUAUAGUAGCAUGAACUAUGUCUUAAAAAAUGUCAUGGACAUAUAUUUUGAUUUUAAAGUUUGAUGUAUGUCCCAUCUGUUAACAUGGAGGAGGCAGUGUUUAUCACCUUUACGUAAUGCAGCCAGUCAGUUCUACUUUUCUGCAGCUGCAUUGUCAGCCAUCUUUUUUUUACUCAGUCCAUAGACUUGUAUCAAACCAACAGCAGAUCAAAUGGAACCUUUUUUUGUUGUUAUGAAAUGAAAUGUUGAUGCAGAUGCAGCUUUUCAAGGAGAUACACAGUAGAACUUGUGUUUGUUUGUUUUUUUGCAAUUCCGAGUGAGAAAAUGUGACACUAUACUAGUUUGGAGUUGAGUUUGAGUCCACAACCUUAAGAGGUAGAUUAACACUCCAUUAGGCUGGAAGCACCUGCUCUAACUCUGAUGUCAGCUCCAAACAAACAGUGCUUAGCUCACAGCUAAAAAUAACUGGGCCUGAAAAAUCAAUAACUUGUUAACACUGGAAAACUUUGUGCAACAGACAAGUGCAAUGAAAAAAAUCACAAACUCCAUUGUGUUCUUUUUACCAUAACUCAAAUGUGCCUUUCAGCCACUUUGUGUGAAUUUUCAUGAUUUCAGCUAAUGUGUUUUUUUUUUGUUUCUUUUAUACAUAUAUGAAUAUUGUAUUUAUGUCCUGCAUCUGUAUAUCUGUUAUCAGUUCUGUAAUUUAUGUGUUUGAUUCUGGCUACAGCAUGGUAACAUGUUGAAGAAAAUUUCUGUGAGCAUGUUUUUGUCUUGUGUUGCCUCACAUCUUAAUGCUUUGAGACCUCCACCCUGAACACACACACAGCCAGAUACUGUUACAUCUGACAUUUAGCAAAGACUACUGUCAAACUGCCAGUUGGAAAUCCUUAUCUUACAUGUGAAAUGACAAUCGACUGUUUGUCGUCAUCAUAAAUUAAAUGAUGUGUAUUUUUAGAAAGUAAAA